AUGGACCAGGACAGGUCUGGGUUGGACCAGUACAACUCCAUCAACUGGAAUUGCUGGUUCGACAUUGCCUUCAACACUCCCAGUAUGGACCAGCCUUUGGAUGCUUCCGGGCGGAAGAGGCCUCCGCAGGGACCCAGGCACGGGGGGGGUCCCAGGCACCGGGGUGUCCCAGCGCACCCAGGGAUGAGCCAGGGGGGGCCACCGGGCGGGGCCCACGUCCCCUCAGCACUGCUGCAGCCCCAGGAGAACCUGCGGCUGUUUGACUUCCUGGGCAGGAAAUGUGUGGGGUCUCUAUGGAUCUCUAUGGGGCACUACGGGGUCAUGCUGUCCCCGCAGGCGCUGGUGACGGCGGUGGCGCAGCUCAUGGUGGCCGAGCCGGGGGGAGUGGGGGGAGGCGCGGGGGCGGCCUGGGCCCGGCGCGGCUCCGGCGCCGUUUGCCUUGUGCGGGACGGGGCCCGGCGCUCCUACUUCAUCCGUCUCUACGAGCUGGGCGGGGCUGCGAGGGGGGCUCUCUCCCAGGCGGGGGCGCUGCGCUGGGAGCAAGAGCUGCAGGGGGGGAUGGGCUACACGGCCCGCACCCCCUUCUUCCACACCUUCAUCUCCUACGAGGGCCAGGCGGGGCUGAACUUCGCUGACGAGGGGGAGGCGGCCGCCUUUGAGGCGCUGGUCCAGGAGCGGCUGCGCCGGCGGCAGCAGCGGGCGGAGAAGCGGCAGCUCCCGCCUCUGCCACCCCCCGGUGAUGGUGAGUCCCCCUGCAUUGAGGGAGGCAGAAGUGGAGGGCACAACGGGUCCUGUGGGGUGCAGCACCAACAGCCACCUGUCCUCCCCACAAAGUGUCCUGGGAGCCUGUCCCCCAUCCCCAUGGCCCCUGGUGAUGGCAGCGCCCCUCUACUGCUAGCUGUGCCCAUCAGCAACCCUGAUAUCACGGCAUUCCGCUACCGGGGGCUGCCCAGCCCCACAGAUGGACCCACAGCGAGUCCCACAGCCGGGGAGCAGAAAAAAAGCCGCAAGAAGAUCUCCAAGGCCGACAUCGGUGCCCCAUCCGCCUUCAGGCAUGUUGGUCACAUCGGUUGGGACCCCAGUAACGGCUUUGAUGUGGCGGCGCUGGACCCUGCUCUCCAGGCACUCUUCACCCAGGCUGGCAUCACUGAGGUGCAAUUGGCUGAUGCCGAGACCUCCCGCCUCAUCCACGACUUCAUCACUGAACGGGGUGGGCUGCAGGCAGUGCGGGAGGAGCUGCAGCGCCAGGGUCCCCCUCUCCCACCGAGCCGAGGGGCUGCCCCUCCUCUUCCUCCCUUUCCCCCCGGUCCCUUCCGCAGCUGCACGGGCCCGCUGCCCCCACAGCCAGGGGGGGCCCUGCCGCCCCGCGGUGGCCCCACACUUCCCGCGGUGGCCCCGCCCUCCCGGCCCGUGGCUCCGCCCCCUGGACGUGGCCCCGCCCCCCCGAGGGCCACAGCGGCUCCGCCGCCUCCUCCCCCACCACUUCCGCUGGCCACCUCCGGUGGAGGCCCCGUACCCCCCCCAGGGCGGGGGGCACUGCUGGACCAGAUCCGCCAAGGGGUGACACUGAACAAGAUCCCCGAGUGCCCUGAGAGCAGCAGUGGCAGCGCCAACACUGGGGGGCUGGUGGGGGCCCUCAUGGAUGUGAUGCAGAAGCGCAGCAGAGCCAUCCACUCCUCGGACGAGGGUGAAGAGCUCCAGGAGGAGGAUGAAGAAGACGAGUGGGACGACUGAGCACCCCCAGCCCCACCAGGCACAGACUGAACCCCCACCCUGAGGGACCCCUUCCCCCAGUCUCACUUUGGCAGGAGGCCACCAUUAAAGGCAUCCCUAAUCACCCCUAA